AUGACGUGGGUCACUAGCCUCGCUUCCCAAAGUAGACUAGUGUGCUUAGUCAUCACACACACAUACAAAGAUCUUUACUUUUUGAGCUUUCCAAGCGAACUUCUUCUUCCUCAACCAUCCUCAUCUACGAAGAAAAGGUAUGUCGGGCUCUGUUUCCUUAGCAACUCUACGAAGAUGAGAGCUAAGUGGAGAAAGAAGCGAGUUCGCCGCCUCAAGCGUAAGCGCCGUAAGACUAGAGCCAGAAGUAAACUAUUCAACCGCUCUGUCUCAGCCAAACCGCCUAUAACUAUGACGGAAACGAUGAUCUACCGACCUGUCUCAGUGAUGUCGUCUCCAACCGGAUCUAUAUAUGAUAAUCGUCUUCUCAAACCUCAACCCCCGCCAAAUAUACCCUUUGGGAAUGCCGAUUGA